CCGCAUCAAGUUUUUAUUAAGUCACGUAUUUUCCAGAUGUCGGGAAACUCAUCACAGUCACAAUGUAUCAUGGAAUCGCUAGACAGUUUUUUCCGGUGUAUAUUAUCUGCUAAGUUAGACGAUCAAAAAGUUCUGUCAGUAAGUAUAAGCUUAUUUUGAUUUCUCCACAGAAUUCGGUACCGCUUAUUGGGAAACUAGUGUUCGCUGAUUCGAAAAUCACUUAUAGUGAAGCACUAUACUUAUUUUGUCGACUUGAACGUGAUUAUGUAUCUCUUGACAUAUUUCCUAAUAGAUCUUUAUUCUCACGAAAAGAGGUAAACAUUCUGUCACAUUGUUAAGUACAACAGGACUGUUUAGAAUCAUAUAACUCAUUACGUGCUGGUUUUGACAGUGUAUUCAACAGUCCUACUUUGUCAAAUAAUGAGCUUUAUUUUUCUGUAUAUAUGCAAAUCUUAACUGCAUCCAGAGGACAAUUAAUAUCAUUAUAUCGAAAAAUUGCAGAAAAUCCCCUAUUAAUUAUUACAAGCUGUUCGUCACUCAUCAGUUCUCUCAAAAAUAUAUUAAACCAACUUUCAGUUACUGAAAAUGAACUUACCAAAGCAUUUCUCCAUAUAUCUCAAUCAAUCAAACUAGAAGUAGUCAUACUACAUGAAUUGCUUAGUGCUCAAAUUGCAAUAUCAGAUCUCAUGUUUUUGGAAUCUUUGCUUAGUUUAAAUCGAGCAAAAGAUAAUCUAGAUAAACUAGGUAAACUUCUGAACUCUAAAGGUAGUACUUCACCGUGUAAACAGUUACCACUUGUAGCAUGGCUUGAAUGCUUUUACGCUCAUUUGCUUAGUAAAUAUACUUUAUACUGGUUUGAAAUCUUGGUUCGUUCUGCAUCCAAUGUUCACGAAACUGAAGAAACGGCAAACUCAGAAAAUCUUAAUCUGGUUGCUAAUAUUACAAGAUUUCAACGAGAAUCUAAUGCACUAAAUAUCUCAUUAUUAUUCGAUACAACUUGUCAGUCAUUUCCAUUCCUUGGACAUGGUUAUGUUUUGAGAGGUUCUUUUGGUGAUGCACCAAAAGGAAUUGAAAGUAUUCCACCAAUUUUUAAUGCUCCGUUGGGUAGCUCAUUGUCUCCGGUUGAUAUUUACACAAUUGUUAUGCAAAUCAACAGUACUCUUCAUCUUAGUGGUGAUGAUAAAAUUGAUGUUAGUGAAGUUUUAAAGCAACCUCGUUAUGUAUAUGACGAGAAAUUGAAUCAUACAUAUUAUAUUAAAAAAUUAGAAUGUCGUGUAUUUUUAGCUCUGGUUUAUGAAGGUUUGAAAUCCCAUAAAGAUAAAUUAAUUAAUGAAUUUAUAUCAAUGCUUACAGAUACGAUUUGUUUACAUAAAGUAGUCAAUCUGCUGAAACAGCACCGACAACAGUUCUCUUCAUCAUCACCAUCUACUGAUCGAAGAAGUUUACGGUCAUUUUUUUUUCACUGAAUCUCCCUACCGUCCUUUUUUAUCAAUCUCUAAUCGUUCUAGUCAGAUAAUUUAUACUUUUCAUUAAUCGCUUAUUGCACAGAUGAAGAAUUUUUGAGUGUGACUUUUCUAAAAAAAGAAUAAUAAUUUGAAAUAAAGAAAUAUUAGUUGUAGUCUCUUAUUCAAUAUUUCUUUUGAGUGAAAUGACUAGUCAACUUUGUCUUUGAGAACUGAUAACAGUGCAAAAUUGUGUUUUACAGUACUUAGUUUGUUUCUAGAGGAUUACACAAACAAGAUCUAAUUCGUAAUGUUUUAAUGGUGCUUAAUCAAGAUACUUGCAGAGUACUGGAUUGUAUUUGAUUUUAAUCUACGCAGUUAAAUAAACGAUUAA